GCCGGCUCCCGGGAGUGCCGCGGUGGCCGCGGUGAGGCGCGGUGCGGCGGGCGCGGGCAGGUGCGAUGGCCACAGCGGCUUUCCAGGACUCAGCACCAGCUCAGCUCCACUUCCCUCUGGGCACAGCCUCUCUGCUGUGGGCCAGCACCAUCACCAUGCAUGUCUCCAGGCCCAAAUCUGCCAAGGGACAGAGGCCAAGUCUGAGCCACCGUCAGGGCACGGAAGCCUCUCCGUGCCACGUGCCGUGUUCCCCGCCGGCAGCCUCUCCCCAGGAAUUGGUGAAGAGCCGGAGAGCACCGCUCACAAAAGCGGCGUUCCCACCUGCCCAGGUGUCUCCUGGGAAAAUCCCAAAGCUCCUGCAGCAAGUGCCUUUGAAGAGCUCCUCCUCCCUGAACAAGUACCGGGUGCUCCCCUCCAUCAGCCGGAGCAGCGCCGUGGAAGCACUGGCUGAACGGACCAACCGGCUGGAAGUGAGCGAGGGGCAGGAGGAUGCUCCAAAAGCCAUCAAGGCUUUUUCUGGGGGACAGGGAUCUGCCAGCACACUGUCAAGAAGUGGCAUUCCCACCGAAGAGAGCUCGCACGUGCGCUGUGCCCCUGAGCAGGGGGGAAGGCAGGUGAGGCAGGACAGCCCCCGGGUGUCCCCUGCGAGCCCGGAAGAGCCGCACGUGCUGCUCGCUGUCCGAUCUCCCUCUGGGCAGAGAUUUGAGCACCACUUCAAGCCCUCCGACAGCCUCCAGACGGUCCUUGCUGUGGCAGGACAGAAACUGUUGGCCAACUACCAACACUGCAGCGUUGAAACCACGGAGGUGCCCCGGAGGAGCUUCUCUGACCUUACAAAGUCCCUUCAGGAGUGCAGGAUCCUCCCCAAGUCCGUGCUGUGCAUCCGACAGGACGAGCAGCACGAUGCAGCAGAUCUUUAGGCACACAGAGACGCCGUGGGUCCUUCUGCUCAGUGGGGUGCAUUGCUUCUUCCAAAAAACCGAGAGUCUGAUGCUUCCUGCACCUACUUCUUAAUCUUCUAUCUCCCACAAAGUCCCCAGGAAGCAGAGUUGUGGAUAUUUAAUAGCACUUGAAAUAGUAUUUCAGAAAAUAGUAUUUCAGAUGCAUAAACCUGAUUCACACAGAACAGCCUGUGUCACCCGUGCCAUCACAAAUUUCUGCCUCAGCACCACCAACCUUCAGCCUUUCUGGUUUGUUGAAGUUCCUGAUGUUCUUUGGAAACUCAGGUUUCCAAGACCUCUCCCCUUGUCCUUUUUUUGUUUUGGGAAAGUACCACUUCUCUGAAUGCAGAAACACCAUUUGGGAAGGUAGACACAGAACUGGCUUAGCUUCAGGACCACCUUCAGUAGCUUAUCAUAUCCUAAAUGUCUUCUCAAGAGACUGAAAAGGAGAUCAAACCCCAAACCCAUCUGGAAAUAACAGUAAUAACACAUGAAUGAGUUAUUGUGAAGUAUUAAAUUGCAAGACUGAUUGUAAAAUAGCUGUGAGGACUCCGGUCUUUCUGGGUAACCUCAGUCCAGUUCUUAAAUCAUCUUUUUAAGAACAAAUAAUUAUUAUUUUGGCUGUCUUGGGGAGCAACAGGAUUUUCUCCUUAGUUUUCCUUCUCUUACUUGGCUCAUGUGAUCCAUAGGUAAGAAGAGGUGGAUAGUUAAGAAGGGAUGUUACAGAUCAUUCCAUUGAACCCCUUUACACUGAAGUUAGUCCAAGGAGCAAGUGCUGCUUUGAGAAUUUUUAAAUAAGAUAUUAAUGGGAUUUGGCUGGGAAUUGGCUCAAGGAGUAAGCCAUCUUUUACUAAACCAUCAUUAAAAGGCUGGUUGGGUGACUUGGCAGGUUUAGGCAAACACAAUGUGCUUGUGCUAAAAAAAGAGAAAUAUCUUCUAGUUUCUAAUGGAAUUUCAAAGGCAGUAGUUUUUAAUCUCUUUUAACAAUGGACCACUUGCCACACAGAUGAACGAGUUUAAAUGUUUUGAGGCAAACCAAAUUUAUUUUGAAGCUCAGUAUAAGUGCCAAACCAACUCGGCCCAGGAGCACAAACACAACAGGAGCAGAAAGCUGAUUGCUGGUGCUGGCUGUGAGUGUGGUACCUGAUGCUAAACCAAGUGUUCAGAGUCCUGCAGCUUUGUAAACCAGUAUCUGAUGGAACAGUGGUCCCUGCUGCUGUUGGUGAUGGGAAUCACUCAGCAGCAGUCCCAGUAUGGAAACAUACGGAUGCCUUCAUCGGAACCACAAAGUAUUUCACUUGGUUUCAGGAAAAGGGACCGUGUUCCAUGUUUCCUUCAGGGUUAGGUAGUUAAUUCCCUAUUUCUGCCUGUUGAGCAUACUGUGUUACUCCUGUAUUUCAGAGUAUUUCCAUCCUGUGUUAAAUAAAACCUUUUAGCCUGAAACUUGAACUUGAAAUGAUUUACAUGAGCUGAGGUUUAUCCAUCACACCUGCUCUUAAGAAACCUUUGAUUUGAUGGCAAAUGCCUCAGGGGCCGCCCAAAUCAGCCUUUGGAUGGUCAGCUGCCCUCCACACCACCUUCCUGAAGUUUGUAUCUGCGGCCUGUGCUCAACACAAGCUUGCAGCCAAGGAGGAAGCACUCUUCAUCAGUGACAAGCUGUGAGCAGAGCUGGGGACCACCAGGCAGCUGUGAGAGCACAGGGGCUCUGAGCCAGAACAGAACAACCAGACAAUUCAGAGUAACUUGGCUCACGGUGGGUUUCUCGUGCUGCAGGAUGUUCCUCCUGAUAAAGCUGGAUGAGUCUGGUUCUAAUCACCUCACCCAGGCUACAGCAUCUCCAAAGAUGGGCAAAAAGUAUCAAGUCUUGAUCUAGGCAAGCACAGUGCAGGGAAAACACCUCUUUUCUCCCUCAGUUCUCCUUCUCUUCCCUUCAGAACUGUUCUGGGGAGAUUUUACCAGCAACUUGAAGCACAGGGGGAAGAACAAUAUUUAUCUGAUCUAAUUUAUUGUGUGGCAUAAUUUAACAAACUUCUUUGUGGGAAUCU